GGCGGGGCCGGGCCGCGCAGCGUGUGACGCCGCGGCCGCCGCGGAGCCAGGGAUUAAUGGGAAAAGUUUUGGCAGGAGCCGGAGGAUCCUGCGGAGCCUGCGGGACGGCGGCGGUGCCUCGGGAGGCUGCCGGGACAGUGUUGCGUGGUGUUUUGGGCAUGUACGUGGUACUCACACAGUGGCUUCUGUUCACCAACAGAUGAGGACAGAUGCACCGAAGAGGCUGACAGGAACUGCCCUGGAGAGGUCCGUCUGCGUUCAGACCCAGAUGAUGCCAGAGCUAUGACCGGGCCUGCAGGCGUGGCGCCGAGGGGAAGUCAGCCAUGGAGCAGCCACCGGAGGAAGCCCCUGAGGUCCGGGAAGAGGAGGAGAAAGAGGAAGUGGCAGAGACACAAGGAGCCCCAGAGCUCAACGGAGGACCAGAGGACCCGCUUCCUUCCAGCAGCUAUACAGACCUCUCCCGGAGCUCCUCGCCACCCUCGCUGCUGGACCAGCUGCAGAUGGGCUGUGACGGACCUCGUUGCGGCAGCCUCAACAUGGAGUGUCGUGUGUGUGGGGACAAGGCAUCAGGCUUCCACUACGGGGUUCAUGCUUGCGAGGGGUGCAAGGGCUUCUUCCGUCGAACGAUCCGCAUGAAGCUGGAAUACGAGAAAUGUGAGCGGAGCUGCAAGAUCCAGAAGAAGAACCGCAACAAGUGCCAGUACUGCCGCUUUCAGAAAUGCCUGGCUCUGGGCAUGUCGCAUAAUGCCAUCCGCUUUGGCCGGAUGCCAGAGGCCGAGAAGAGGAAGCUGGUGGCCGGGCUGACAGCAAGUGAGGGCAGUCAGCACAACCCACAGGUGGCUGACCUGAAGGCCUUCUCCAAGCACAUCUACAGUGCCUACCUGAAAAACUUCAACAUGACCAAAAAGAAGGCCCGUGGCAUCCUCACUGGCAAGACCAGCCACACGGCGGUGAGCCUGGUUUUCAGCCCUUGUGAUCACGACAUCGAGACAUUGUGGCAGGCAGAGAAGGCCUUGGUGUGGAAGCAGCUGGUGAACGGCCUGCCCCCCUACAAGGAGAUCAGCGUGCACGUCUUCUACCGCUGCCAGUGCACCACGGUGGAGACCGUGCGUGAGCUCACUGAGUUCGCCAAGAGCAUCCCCAGCUUCGGCAACCUCUUCCUCAACGACCAGGUGACCCUUCUCAAGUAUGGCGUGCAUGAGGCCAUCUUCGCCAUGCUGGCCUCCAUCGUCAACAAGGACGGGCUGCUGGUGGCCAACGGUACUGGCUUUGUCACCCGUGAGUUCCUGCGCAGCCUCCGUAAGCCCUUCAGUGACAUCAUCGAGCCCAAGUUUGAGUUUGCUGUGAAGUUCAAUGCCCUGGAACUUGAUGACAGUGACCUGGCUCUGUUCAUCGCGGCCAUCAUCCUGUGUGGAGACCGGCCCGGCCUCAUGAACGUGUCACAGGUGGAGGCCAUCCAGGACACCAUCCUGCGCGCCCUCGAGUUCCACCUACAGGCCAACCACCCCGACGCCCAGUACCUCUUCCCCAAGCUGCUGCAGAAGAUGGCCGACCUGCGGCAGCUGGUCACCGAGCACGCCCAGAUGAUGCAGCGCAUCAAGAAGACCGAGACGGAGACCUCGCUGCACCCGCUGCUCCAGGAGAUCUACAAGGACAUGUACUAAGGCGCCCGCCAGGCCUCCCAGCAGGCCUCGGAGCCGAGCCCGGGGGCAGGUAGUGCUGGCAGAGGCGCCGCCUGAGAACUCGGCCUGGCGCCAGAGCAGUGGGAGCUCACACACUUGUGUGCGGACACAUGGCCUCUCGCCCCAGUGUUCCCUCCCUCCUGCUCCCUUUCGUCUCCCUCCUUUUCCGUUCCUCUUCCCUAAUUUCUUUGUUCUUUCUCUUCCUUUCUAUAGGUUUCCCUCUCCCUUCCUCCUUUGCCCUUUUUCUCUCCCCAUCCCCAUGUCUGUCCCCUCCCCUUUCUGUGAGACAGUUUGUAUUAUUUCACCACCAGCAUAGAACAGGACCUCUGCUUUUGCCCCCGUCCUCCGGAGCAGAAGGGAGUGGGGCCUGCCCUCUGCACCAAGUCACCUGCAGGGCUCGGGACCUCAUUCUGCUUCUGUCUUCACAGCAACGGACUUGAGCCAUCCAAAGAAACACUAAGCUCUCUGGGCCCAGCUUCCUGGGGAAGCCGAGUGUGGCCUGGGCUGACUGGCUGCAGCAGUGGCCCCUAGUCACUGGGUCCCUGCCCUGAAGGCCAGGAUGCCCCCCUAAGACUGUCACCACCGUCCCAAGGCUGAGGCUGGGACCCCCGGACCCAGCCGACCCCACUCCGGCAGCA